AUUAGAGAGGCAGCCCUUGGACAGAAGAAGGAUUUCCAGUGGGAGAGUGGAGAUCGGUGUUCAACACUCUCCUGAGAACUAGGGAGUGAGAUUAACGGAGUCGCCUGUGGUUGGAACAGAGAGUAAAAACAGCAACAAGGGCUGGGAAAAGCCAUGACUCUGAAUAAUGUCACGAUGCGUCACAGCAGCAACACCUUACAAUCGCAGCAGCAACGCUGGAGCAUCCCAGCAGAUGGGAGAAACCUGGUGGUCCAGAAAGACCCCCAUGAGUGCAACCGACACAAAAGGUACACCGCCAAUCCUGAAGAGUAUUACCGAAGAAGCUGGUCGUCGGAGUCUUCUGACUCUGUCAUCUCCUCUGAGUCAGGAAACACCUACUACCGAGUGGUACUCAUCGGGGAGCAAGGAGUUGGCAAGACAACCAUUGCCAACAUCUUUGCAGGUGUGCACGACAGCAUGGACAGCGACUGCGAGGUGCUUGGAGAAGAUACCUAUGAACGAACCUUGCUGGUAGAUGGUGAAAGUGCAACUAUCAUGCUAAUUGACAUGUGGGAGAACAAGGGUGAAAACGGAUGGCUCCAAGAUCACUGCAUGCAGGUUGGGGAUGCAUAUUUGAUUGUCUAUUCCAUCACGGACCGUGCAAGCUUUGAGAGAGCAUCCGAGCUCAGGAUACAGCUCCGCAGGGCACGCCAGACAGAAGACAUUCCCAUUAUUUUAGUGGGCAACAAAAGUGAUCUCGUUAGGUGCCGGGAAGUCUCCGUUUCAGAGGGCAGGGCCUGUGCCGUUGUGUUUGACUGCAAGUUCAUUGAGACCUCGGCGGCCGUCCAGCACAAUGUGAAGGAGCUGUUUGAAGGCAUUGUGCGUCAAGUGCGGCUCAGGAGAGACAGCAAAGAGAAGAAUGAAAGGAGACUGGCAUAUCAGAAGCGGAGGGAGAGCAUCCCCAAGAAAGCCAGGCGAUUCUGGGGCAAAAUUGUAGCCAAGAAGAACAAGAACAUGGCCUUCAAACUUAAGUCCAAGUCUUGCCACGAUCUCUCUGUCCUUUAGGAACAUUGGAUCAUCCCAAGCAUUCUCUUUCCUGGACCUUCUUCAACUCCCUUCUGAACAAUAAAUCAAUCUAUAUUAGAUUGGUCAACAAGAAACGCAAAUCUGACUUGGACUCACAGUUGCGAUUAUUCUGAUGAAAUGUGCCAGCAAUAAGGACAGCCUAAUGCAUGCAAGGAUGAAGAAAUGCCAUUUAUACUUUCCAGUUUAUAGUUUUAAGUGUGUGAGUGUGUUUGGGUUGGGGCGGGACAGAACUUUUGUCUUAUAAACAAUAACAUUCCAAACUUACAAUGAGACGUGUCCCGGGGGGG